CCCGGGGAGAGGUAAACAACGGCACAGCUAAGUAUCUCGACAUCGAACCCCUCCUCCUGCUCUUCCUUUCCUCUGCCUUCAAGCUUCAGCUUCAGCUUCUCAUGGAGGUCACCACGCGCGUUCCUGACCGUCUGCGCUCCAUCGUCCCGGUGUGAGGAAGCCGUCGCCCGCGAUCGUGUGUGAUUUCCAUCUCUAUCUAUCUCUGUCAUUUCAAGUCAAUGCGUCCGCCCGCCGUCCCCGCCUGAUCUGUGUCGAAACGCGAUCCCAGAAGGUGCGCUGCUCCGAUCAGCCAUGGCCGCAGCGUCCAACUCGCUGUCGACCCUGCCGUUGGAGCAGUUGUCGCUCUACCACGCUGUUGAUCCAUUCCUGUCUUCUAUCCUUAUCUUUCAUGGCCCCGUUGCGACUGCCCAUGCGACCGUCAGCAGCUCCCGCAUCCAGGCGCACAUCUUCACGCCUGCCGGCUUCCAAAGCUACCCCCGCAUCGCCAUUUCCCCAGCGGCUCCCUUGUACGCUGCAGUCAACCACCUCCCCCGUGAGAAGCAGGGCGAUGAGGUAUGUCGCGGUCUGGCAGUCUGUAUACUCAAGUACUUUGCGGAGCUGUCCAGUCCCGUCAAAGAGUGUCUCGUGGAGACGGCCAAAGCUGGAAAGCCUGCGGGCAAGGUACCCAAACUGUUCGAUGAGAUGCACGCUGCAGAGCUGGCGAAUCGCAUGACAAGGGUCGAGAACCCGUCAGAGAUCAUUCGCAAUUUGCGUGAAGCUUAUCGGGAGCGCAAGGUACCAUGGAUCGACAUCGACGUGGUUCUGCCUGUUGGGACUAUACGGUCUACAGAGCGGCAGGACAGUCCAGAGGACGAUCUUGAUGAUGCCCCGGACGAUCAAUAUGGUAAAUACAGUCCACUCAUCCAGUCUUUGGGAGAGCCCAUAUUCCUCCCGACGUCGCGCCUGCGACGAGCUCCAUCUCAACCCACAAACCUCAGCAAGUCGAAGCUCUUCUCCAAAAGCCAGAAGGAAGCACUCCGGUUGGCUAUGUGUGAGGUGGUCGACACCGAAGAGAGAUAUGUCGCGAAGCUGUAUGACUUAGUCCAUAACGUCGUGGAGGAAUUCCGGGCGAAGGCUCGCGCGAGAUCAGCCUCCAGUACGAGCCCUGAUGAAACUGCCCUGGAGAAGCUAUUCCCUCCAUGCCUGAACGAGAUCUUGGAGGUCAACAUGGGUUUUCUACAUGUGAUCCGCCAGAUCCUAGAGGACACGGAGAAAGACGCCAUUGCUGAUCUGGCGGGCGACACGGAGCUGCAAGCGUCGGUCUCGAGUCGAGCUUCAACAAGAGAUGUAAAUGAUCCGGUCGGUGCUGCCGCAUUCGCAAAUGCACUCCUGGAAUGGUUUCCGUUAUUCUCGCGGCCGUAUGCGGACUAUAUGCGGGCCCAUACUGGAUUUACCCGAACAUUGAACGCGUUCCUAAGAGACAACAACUCCAGCUUCUCAAGAAGAGUGCAUGAGACAGGGGAACAGCGAUUGCGCUCGCUUUUGAUGGAGCCAGUGCAGCGGUUGCCUCGAUACAGUCUUUUGAUAGAUACAAUGACCAGCAGCUUGCCCUUGGUUCACCCGGCCGUGAAACCGUUUCUCAAGGCGCGAGACGUCAUCAAGGAUAUAUGUUCGUUAGACAGCUCUUCCUCGACCGACAACUCCAAAGCCCUGGAACUGCUCAGAGCCCUAGUCGAUGACUGGCCCCUGUCCGUUUCUCCAGCCGGACGCUUGAUCACUGCUGUUGAUUUCAGUGAGAUUCCGCCACCUUAUCGAAUUGACAGCCCGGCUGCAAAACCAAGUUCGGGCCUCAUGCUACUGUACAAAGAUUGCCUCAUAUUUUUGUCCAAGGCUCAAGGGACUAAAGCCAGUGCCCGUGGCCUCUUGGCAGAGCUCGAUCAACCUUCACCAACAUGGUCUCCUGGAGAAUUGAGAUUCGCAAGGGUCUUGGAUCUCCAGGGCACGCGCUGGAUGCAGUCUACCUGUGGACGGAUCCUGUACCUCAUUCCCUCAAUGACUAUCCCUGAAGGGGAAGAACCCGACAGGGCUCUGCAUGUACUGGAGCUGUCAGGCAUGUACGAAGGUAGAGCUAAUCGUCUUGUCGAGGAGAUGGUCAAGGCGAAGAUAGAGGGCAGAUUCUCCGAGCAGGAACGGGAGGACGGAAAAUGGACCCUGAGAAGUCCGUCAGGGACAUUUAGCAAUAUCGGCAUUUUGGCGUCCGUUUUCGAGGAAGACAAUGCUGGCACUAUGAAGAGGACCGGGUCUUCGAACAUCAGAAUCGUCUUUGAUAUCCCCAAGGUGAUUCGACAGAAGACUUUGAGUAGCAGUUCUGACCUCGACGUGAUAAUCUCCAUAUCAUCUCUCGAUGAAGAUCAGUACAGGCUGGAUAUCGAUUCUGUCGUUGGUACAUCUACCACAGACAUUGUGUCAGUGGAUAUCUUCAUACCAGUUUUAUCGAAGAGACUAUCGAAUCUCGUCUCACAUUUAUAUCAUCCCCAACACACGGUAAUGACCGAGCCAGUUGUCUACUCAAACUUCGAGAUCCUCCGAUACAUAGCCGGUCAUCUCCUAUCACAAGCAAAGGUCCCCCGCGGCCUGCGCCCACCUUCACCUUCCAAAAUGCUCUCAUCUCUCUGGGGUGGAGGCCAGUCCAAAGAGACCGUCACGCCCUUGAAAUCCCCGGUUCCUCUACUGGGCGAUGUCCCAAAGAUAUCUCCCACAAAGUCUACCUUUAAUAGACCCGAUACACCUUCAUCUCUUACUAGCGCUCAGGAGAAACAGACCCACAGGAUCUCUGUGGUAGAAAGCGAUGCGGACCGCCAUGUAAAAUCGUUGGAGCAAACAUUCUCCGCGUAUAUUCUCUCUCUGCGUUCCAGAAGCGGAAAUAUUGUGGGCCGCAUACUUCGUGCACGCGACAACGUCGACAGAACUGCGGUCAAUGAGCUCUACAAUAUUUUGCUUGAAGAUCCCGGGAAACUACAGGCAGCUGCUGAGGUCUCUGUAGAUGUUCUCUUUGUUUCAUUUGAGACCUUCAUUUCCAAUGCAUGGAGAGACCACAUGGGCCCUGUCAUUCCCAAUUCAACGCUGGAGCUCAUCCAGAGCAAGUUCGAUGCCAUGUUCUCAGCAGACUUUAAUGAAUUCUUCCGGCAAAUGAUGGGCGACAUGAGUCCACAAAACCGACGCGCUCUCUCCGCGAUGGUGCGGCUUCUUGCUGAGCUUCUGGAUGCUUCCGGCAAUGAUGGUGAUCGAGGCGCUCUGACAGCCGCUUUUGCUGAAGUUCUCACUGAGAGCGGUGAUCCAAUGCGGUAUAUCUCUCUCUUGGAUCGCCUUGUCGAUGACUACGAGAAUUUGUUCGAAGAUUCCGCUCCUCCCAGUGCUUCCCUCGACGGUGCUUUCCCGAAUGAUUCGAGCAGUGCGCUGAAUAAGAGCCAGUCUCUUAGUGUCAGUUCCGUGAACUCAAAUACCUCAUCAUUUAGGAGACGCUUUGGCUUCGGACUACAUCGUGAGAAUUCAAAGCAUGAGGGAGAAAGUAAAGUCUCUUCGAUCCUUCGGACAUUGAGCAAGACCAAAGGCUCUGGUGAAUCCUCCGAGCCAAGUACACCUAAAGGGACAUUAUUGCGCUCUAAAUCAACCGACACAGACACAAGGUUGGGCAACUAUCUACGUCCAACAUCUCGAGACCGUCCCGCGGUAUACGGCAUAUUUUCUGAUGAACAAGAGCGGCCAGGAAGUGGGCACAGCAACACUUUGCUGGCAUCCAUUGGAGAAGUCCCAUCGCACCAGGAAAAUCCAAAGCCUAGGAGAAAGCGCAGAAGCUCCCUUUCCGACCUAAGACCAAUGACAGCCUCAAGUGAUGACCCUAUUCCUGUUCACACGCCUAGGCCUGUAACUCCGGUAACUCCUCCGCCACAAUGGCCUCGGUCGGAAGUGGCAGCCACGCCAAAAGAGACAAGGCCACGAAGCAGCCAUGCCAGCAAGUCACCUUCAAGGGUCUCCUCACCGACGAGGACGGGCUCGCCAACGAGAGCGGCUGGGACCCCAAGGAGAGAGUCCCCAACCCGCUCCAACUUGUCAAGCCGGAAAGAGAAUGCCUACAGCAGACCUACGUUGAUGGAACGAGCUGUUAAUAAGAGAUCCGACGAGCCGCCGGCACCAAAUGAGAGUCCGAAAAGAAAGACGGAUAUGCCUGGCACUCCUCAACGGAAGAGUGCUGGGCUCAGGGAACGCCCGACGCUGGCGAAUGGGUUCGAAUCACCAAAACGGCCCCAUUCGAUGUCCUCACCACCGAAGGUCCAGAAGCUUCGGAUGCAGAGUCCCCAGAAGCUUCGAGAGCGUCUCGCGAAUGAGAAGAAAGUACAGGCAGCAGCUGAAGCGGGCUUCAAAACUGAAUUGAUGCUCAUCGGAGAUGAGCUAUCUGCUCUGAAGCUCUCACCUACAUCUGACGCAGAUGUGAAAAGUCCCAAUGGUCGCGCCCAAGAUGCUAAUGCAUAUCUCUCCGGCCGCUUCCGAGAUCUGGAGUCGAGAUUCUCUUCCAUGUCUGCCGAUCUUAGUGGUCGAACAACUGCCAUUGAGAAAGACCUAGAGACGUCUCUGAUUGUCAGCGAGAGAAGGGCGAAAAAGCUAGAUGAGCUCUAUCGCGAGGCCAGCGCUGAGAAUGAAGCACUAUAUGAACGUUUCAACACAGAGCUCUCUCGGGUGGUGAAAGACGUUCGUCUGGGUAAUGGCGAAAGUGCCUUAAAAGACCAGCUGAGGGAAGCUUUGGAGGAGCUAGGCAGGGUCAAGAAAGAGAAUCUGCGCCUGAAGAGAGAAGUUGGGGGACUGCGAGCUCAGCAGAUGGGCAUUCCCGCAAAACACGAAUAAUAAUCGAGGGGUGGCUGCCUAACCACCUUAUGAUCCUCUCGAACUUACGGGGAAAUACUUCACCUUCUCCAUUAUCACAACUUUACUUUUUCUUUUUCUUUUCUUGCAACAUGAUGUUGGACGGAACUUCCGACUGACUUUGCUCCAGUGCGUGCGUUUCUGCGAUGCACUCUGUCACACUGCGCCUUCGCGUUUUCUUUUUCCUUUGGUCACAGCGAUAAUUGGUCAUUGGUCUGCAAUACCUGCU